GUUUCAGUUGUGGAAGGUGCUUUGUUUCAGCUUACAGUUUUGAGUUUUACAUCGACAAAGGCUACUGUAUAUAGUGGGUGUGGUAUAGGCAAGAUAACCAACCGACCCCCCAACUCCCGCAAAAAAGUGCUUCAACGAAUGCAAAUAGUAUCGAUUAGUACACUUUGAUCUGCAAGAAAAUAUUAUAAGAAUAUGUAAUGUUUCAGGUCAUGUACCCGCCCAGGCACUGACUGCCAAGGAGCUAUGACCUGCCAAGGACUGUGAGGCAGAAGUAAGCUUUAUUCUAUCAAAAUGCCCGUUGACCAAGCAGAGCUGAAACCUCUCCUGAGGGAUGAUCAGACGGUCUUACAAAUAGAGCAGGACGAUGGCGGCUCCGAAGGCAGCGGCGCACGCAGCACACGGGCUACCGAUGAAGUACAUCAAGCAGCAGCUGUGGGCAAUGCAAGAGCCUUGGAACAGCUGCUAUGGGCGAAGAAAGAUGAGAUUAAGAAGCAGGAUAGGUCUGGUUCCACGCCCCUUCACUUGGCAGCGAAGGGUAUACACCUCAGAUGCUGUGAGAUGCUCUUAAAAAUGAGUACCAAGGAAGUUAACAUCCUGGACAAGCUUGGCAACACCCCUUUAAUGCUGGCUCUCACAACUGGCAAUACUUCCUUGGAGAUCACGAAGCUCCUCCUGUCCCACAAGGCAAAGGUUGACAUCGCCAACACUGCCGGCCAAACACCACUACACAUUGCAGCUGAGAAAGGAAAUGUGGAUAUCUGCAGGAUAUUGGUCGAGAAGGAUCCGACGAAUAUCAAUGCCGUCAACAAAGAAAAGCAAACUCCCCUGCAUUUUGCGGCCAUGAACGGCAAUGCAAGAGUGUGCUCCUUCUUAGCUGAAAAAGGAGCGAGUGUCGAAGCUAGGGAUGUACGGGAAUACACGCCACUUCACAUUGCUGCUAAAAUGGGUUUCACCGAGUGCUGCAACCAGCUUAUCGAAUCCGGUUCCUCAGUUGAUAGCACUGACAAAAACGGAAACACCCCACUCCAUUUAGUGCUAUCUGCUAGGAAAAAUAAGGUAAACUGCUUAAAGGUUCUCUGCGAAAAUAAAGCUAAGGUGUCGGCAAAAAAUAAUAAAGGAGAAACACCUUUGCACAUUGCGCAGCACGCUCAAAAUGAUAUGUUGAUGAAAUUACUCUCUUACGAGCCUGAUCCAUUCGUCAGAGACGUGAAAGGAAAAACAAUCUUACAUUGGGCGGCAGCCAGAUCAGGAAACAAAAACUUAGAGACCUUAUUGAAACGGGAGACCUGGAAGACUCAAAACCUAGAUUCAUUCAUAAAUACCCAGGAUGUUGAUAGACACACAGCACUGCACAUCGCCAUCAAAAAUGGGAAUGAGGAAGCGUGCAAGAUCCUAUUUAGGAGCGGCGCAGAUGGGAAUGUUACCUGCGACUGUCAUGGUACUGCCCUUCACAUUGCUGCUGAGUACGGACUACAUGAUAUUUGUGACUUGCUUUCAAAAUAUGUGAAAGUCAACUCAAUGAACCAACAUCUUGAAACUCCACUCCAUUUGGCGGCCAAGGAAGGGCAUGUGAAAUGUUGUCAAACCCUUAUAAGUCGCAAAGCCUCACUCGUUGCAGAAGUCAAAGACUCAAAAAACAUACCGCUUCAUCUUGCUGCAAAGAAUGGCAAAGCUGCAUGUUGCCGGGUUAUGAUGCAGUCACAACCUGGUCUGGUCAACAGGAAAAAUGCAGAAGAGAAAUCUCCCUUACAUUAUGCAGUAGAAAGGAGAUCCCUUGAGUGCUGCAAGGAGUUAGUUGUACCUGUUACAGAUAUUUGGAACUCGAGUCCCAACAUUCCAAGUGCUGUCAAGAUGGCAUAUGACAAACGGUGUCUAGACAUUUUCGCCUUUCUACUCCUGUCAGAGAAUGUGGUCGGCAAAUAUCCCCGUCAAAUAGACAUAGACAUUCAAGCAAUUCUUUACGAGCAAAUAGAGUUAGAAAACAACUAUAUGGUGUCAACCAUUCUUGAGAGCAAAUUUGGCGAAGAGUGCUUGCUCCCUCGUCAUACUCCUGGCGAUUCCCACUACAGUCAGAAUGACAACUUCAGGCUCUUGGUGCAGAAGAUGCCUCUUCUUGCUCAGAAAGCACUGGACGAUUGGCAGCAAGAUUGUCUAGAUGGGUCCACGACUGUAGAGAAGAAGAAAUUCAUUUUGCACCAUCUGGACGAAGUGUACAUUCAAUAUGAUUCUUCAGAUGAAUCCUCUAAAUCGCCCAAAAGUUUGACCCCAAUAAAGGAUGCAUAUCAGAAAGUACUCCGUGAUGAUGGCCGGCUUAAGCCAGACGUGUACCUCGAGGGGAAGGUGGACCAUGCAUGGCAAAUGGACCAUGUGCUGUCCUGGAUGCUUCGCUAUGGCCGAGAGGACCUGGUGAGCCAUCCCGUGGUAACCCAUUGGCUCAACUACAAAUGGAACACAUACGUCAGAUAUGGACACUACAUAUCUAUCAUUCUUGCUUUGCUGUUGGCAGUUUUGCUCACAGUCUUCAAUUCUGUUUCCAUGGACUGGGCAAUGAUGAAAACACUAUUUUCUGCGCCAAUCACACGAGAGAUGGUAUGUGUUAAUUUCACCGUGGGACCCGAAGUCGUACCUUUCUUGAGGGAGCAAGGUCAUUCUGCCCAUGUAUUAGGCUGGGUGAUAACGAUCGUUACAAUACCACUGAUUAUCUUCGAAAUUUACAAAAUCAUUAGGUUGCGGCUACGGUACUUCAAGACUUUGACAAUCAUUUACUGUACGUGUAUGGUGAUGAGUUUCCUCUUUGUGGGAAAUUACACAUCCUGUUCGUUUCUCACCCAUAUCCGAGAGGACGUCCAGUGGCUGGCUGGUCUCGCUGCCAUCAUCCUGGCGUGGCUCCACCUCAUUGUCCUCGCCUGGACGCAUCCACGCAAUCCCUUCGUCUUCAACUUCGAGAGGUUCUUCAGGGCCUUGUUGGCCAUCGUCCCUCCCGUGGCGAUCGUGGGAGUCGCCUUCUUCGCCGUGUACGAGAUCGGGUCGAAGGGCAGCCUCACUUACGUGGACGAGUGGCAGGUCUUCGUGAACAGUUUGGUGUCCCUGCCGAUGAUGGCGACGGCGGUGGUCGUGGGCCUGGCCGCCUUCAUAUACCUGGACGCCGUCAGCUCCGGCCCAAGGAAGCGCGACCGCAGUCUAGACGAAAGGAACAUCAGGAUGACCUUGGACUUCGACAUCCUCUACCCGUUCCUGAGGAAGAGGUUCUACGCCUACUGGAUCAACAGAGCGCCAAAGGAGCGUUCUAGGGGCAGUCUCAGAAAUCUGUGGAGAAUUUUGGAGUGCAGGAAUGACGACGACUCCACGGACUCAUCCUGGAGCAAGCAGGACACCGAAGUAAAGAUGCAAGAAAUGAGUAAGACGCUGAAAAACAUAGAGCAAAUGUUGAAAGAAAAAAUACUGAAUUCUAGCUCAUUAGAAAAGGAAAAAGAGUGAAGCAUGUUCAUCCUUUGAAAACAGUAGUCCCCAACCUUUCUUCAUUCUGUGGACCCCGACCCAGUUACUCAAUUGUUACAAGUUAACAGUAAUGUAAUGGCGUCAGUAGCUAUAGGACAAGACGUCAUAAUUUUGAUAUUGCUCUGUGGCCCCCAGAAAGUACUUCUUGGCCUCGCCUGGGGGCCAUGGCUCCCCAGGUGGAGAAACCCUCUUCUAAUCCGUAUAUUCAGUAUUACUGAAAAUUAGAAAACACACUGAAACCCUAAAGACAAAGGACCAUAACAUAUCAUAGUGCAAACAUAUGUGUAUUUGACUCUUUGUUAUGAUGUCUCAAGAUUAUGCCAGGAUAAAUGUGGUAAUCAGUGAUGUAUGAUAUGAUGUUGAAAGUGGUACCAUAAUGUUACGCUAACCAUCCGCCUAAUCAGAUCAGUGUUAUGGUUCAAAUAGUAGGGAAAGAUAUUAAUCAUUAUCCCUGUUAGAUGGCAAGUUUGAUGUAUUUUUCAUGAAUCAAUAAUUUGUGUUUAUGUAUUUGCGGCGCGCGCGAGUGUGUGUGCGUGUGUGUACAAAUUUAUAUAUGUA